AUGGUGGCAUUGCCCCUGUUCAAGCUUGCCUCGCUAUUCCUCAGGCACGUUUCGAAAUAUGGCGCCAACCGGAUUAAAUUGCAAGCUCAUGACCACCCAGGCUUCCGCCAUUUCGCUGCGAGGUAUGGCCAGAAGAUCCACCAGCUCAAUAUGCGAGCAUCGGUAGCACUUCUUCGAAACACCGAGGCCGAACUCAGAGCCAAGGAGAAAGCCGAGGCUCCCACCGUCAAGACCAAGGAACAGGUCGAAAAGGAGGAGGGACUACGAGCCAAGCAUGGCACCACGAGCAAAGAGAGCCGCUCGAAAAGAGCCUUGCCGAUAAUAAGCGUCUGGAAGAGGAAGUUCAGGCCUUUACCCGAAGCGAAGGCGGUCGACCUGUUCGCCGACGUUAUUGGCGAUGGCUUUAUACUCAUGGUGGCCACCGCCCUGAUAUUGUAUGAAUACCACAGGUCAUCGCAGAAGCCGGACACCAAUCUCGAGAGGAUCACAGAGCUCAGGGAACGCUUCGACCAGCUAGAAAAACGAGAGAAGGAGCUUGAAGAGGCUGAAAAACGCCAGCAGAGCAGAGUUCUGGCGCUGGAGGAUGUUCUGAGAGGGGUGAAGGAUCCCAAGACAAAGAAGCCGCUAUUACCGCCUCUGGAGACCCCAACGCCGACGCCGACACCAGUGGCAUCUCCGUCUCGUAAGUAA